AUGAGGGUCCCAGCUACCCUUGCAGGUUGGGCUUGUAUCAUCACCCUCUGCCUGACUUCCUGCUUGUCAGCUUUUUCCCAUGGAGGCAGUACGGUGGCCUGUGAGGACCUACAGCCCAGACACAUGGGAGCACGGCCCCAGCGCCCUGGCACCCACCACAUUUCCAUCCAUGCUGGCAAGGCUUCCUACUCACCUGGAGACCAGAUCCCAGUGACGGUGAGCAGCGGCCGCGGCUUCAUGGGCUUCCUGCUGCAGGCCUGGGGCACUCCUGGGCGACAGACAGCCGGCACUUUCGUCUCCAUCCCUCCUCGGUCCAAACUGAUGGCUUGUCUGGAAGAGGCGGACACAGUCACCCACGCCGACAAGUCCCCGAAAAGAAACCUGUCGUUCGUGUGGAAGGCUCCUGCCCGGCCUGCGGGGGACGUCAGGUUCCUAUUAUCAGUAGUCCAGUCAUAUUUCGUUUACUGGGUGAGGAUUGAAUCAUCCAUUGUAUCACAAGAGACACACAGCAGAGCCUACUCAGAUGACCUCAGGAGCCCAGAGGCUGGGUCACCGGUGCCAGCUCUGGGGCAGAGGCUGGGCUAUCACGAGGAAAUCACCCCAGGUACGAGGUGCCCCAUCACUCCUCCACAGCAGUGCACAUUCUUUGCCGUUGCUCUUACAGGAGCUGCAGAGGAGAACAGCCUAGAUCCUGCUCCUACCAGUCCUGUGGUGGUAAAGUUGCCCGGGGAUUCCCAGACCCUGACCCCAAAUCCUUCGCUCACAGCUACGCCAACCAGCAUCAGUCAGGGGCCCAGUGGGGACAGAAACCCAACCCUAGAACCAUCACGGGAUGUGCACAGGCUGGAGAGGCUUGUGGCCCCCAGGUGAGUCUCCUCAGAGGGCCUGGCUUCUAAACAAGCAGCAGCAGAUCACUGCACUCAGGAUGACCGAAACUUUGAGUCAUUGGAAACCUGCCUGCUUUGGGGUUCAGAUGAACAGGACAACAUGGUGGCCUCUAAUGGGACCCUGAUGAAGCCUUCCUUGCACACUGCCCAUCGUACCAAUCUCCAGCAUCUCUGGCCCUCUGUGGCAUUCAGGGAGCAUGGGGUUGGGGCAGCCAACCCAGCUCCUGCCUUCUACCCCUCUAGCAUUUCCAGGCUACCUGCUGCUGAUGGCUAUGAAGAGAAACCAAGGCCUUCUGCCAGUUUCCUACCUGAGUCAAAGCACAAGGAGGCCAGAGAGGGCACGGGGAGUGGAGGGGCUGGCAUGGGACACCCUAGCAAGACCAACCAAAGAGCUGAAGUUGGACUAGAGGAAGACGGUGCCCCUUUGGGGAUCCAGUUCAGAACUCCUCAGUUAGGGCUUUUGUUAAGCCUGUUAGCAGCUCUGGGCAUGGCCCUGGCUUGUGGCCUUUGCUACCUGUAUACUCACUAUUGCCACAAACAGAUAAAAGUGUCCUUCAGUGAGCCUGCUGCAGGUGCUGUUGCCAGGAGUGACAGUGGGGAGACUGCGCAUGUCAGGAGAAUUGGGGAAAACAGUUUUGCCCUGGUUCAAGCAGAAUACAACUGGAUCACCCCCUCUGUGGAUGAUAAGAAACAGUCCUCUGAGAAGACCUGGCGCCGAGCUUCUCAAUAGCCUCCUUAGACCCCGCAGAGUGUCUCAGUCAAAGGGAGCUCGUAAGAAUUCCUGAUAAGGGCAGGGACUCCCUGGCCUCUUGUCAGUGUGCAGUUAGUUGGAGGAAGCAUCGAAAGGACAGGUUUAUCAACAAAGGGAGUUCUUCCCGAGCUUUGUUGUCUUAACAUCUGUAAUUUGGCUUCUUUUUCUUUUUGCAAUUAGACGUUCUGUUUGAAGAGUUAAACUCAACACAAUGAAUAUUGUAUAACCCGCUCAUUAACUAGACUCCUGUGGCCGCUAAGCUUCCUCUGUUGCCUUAAGGAACCCACUGAAAUAGAAAUUCUGUCCCUCC